AAAGAAAGGAAAAGGAAGAAGAAUGGGUUUAGAUGGUGGUCUGUCUUGGGCAGAUCAAUGGGAUAACAACCCUGACCCUCCACCAUCAUCUUCGUCAGAAAAUGAGAAGAAGAAGAACAAAGAUGGGUCUUCAGAAAAGGGAAAAUUUAGGAAGACAAUCUUGGGCUUCAAAUGGAUGAAAGAAUUGCGAAAGAAAUCUGACAAAUCUUGAAAAAAAGACCCAUAAAAUCCUAAUCCAAGUGGAAUGAAUCAUUUUACUGUCUAAUUAAAUUCCCAUUUUUUCACUUGUACUUUCUUUUCUUUUUCUUAAGCUCUGAAUGUCUGAAGCCAGGAAAUGAGCAUAAAAAUUCUGGUAUUAUUACAUUACAAAAUUCUAAUAUUAUUACAUUACGGAA